UAAAUUUGGAGCAGUGACACAAGCAACAACAUCAUGGCCAGGCCAAGGUUCAUGUACAUUUUUCAGUCUACACAUGUAUAAAAGUGAAUUUGGUUACUUAGCUUUGUUUAGCUGAUUACUUGGUCCCUCCAACAUCUCUUGGUAGAAAAUGGAAUACAGAGAAAAAAAUUUCUUACGAAAUUGAUCAAAGAGUCACACAAAAGAUGGAAACCUCCUUAACUAUUUUGUAGUUUGUAGAGCAAUUGUGUUGUAUAAUUCUACAAUUCAGUUUACUGAAAACAACCGACUUGGCGGCCAUGGUCAAACCAAAACAAGUAGAGUGUUUUAAUUUUUUUUUGUUAAUUGCAUUUGAUUUUGCUGCUUUGCAUGUAAAUUUCAGGAAGUUAUUAAGCUUCCGCCAAAUCAUUACUAUUGGUAUUAUUUUGAUUUGCUCCCAACGUAGGAAUUUCUGUCUCUGUCGUUGUGGAAGAGUGUGAUCUGAUGGGUGACGGCCAUGAAAACUAAUGAAAUUGUUGAAGAGCAUAUUGAAGGAGACUGACACUAUUUGCUACUUCUUGAAGAUUUGGAGUGGGUCAAUCCGGAAGUUAAAUGUUCUUUGCGAUCUUGAUGAUGUACAUCUCUUUCACAGUGUUGAGAGGCCCCAACCUUUCACAGUUCCAUCCGGAGUACAACCAACAAGCUAUGGAAUUCAACGCCUUCUAAACCACCCAAACCCCGAAAUCUCAAGCUUUCUUCAAAAAGGUUUCUCAGAGAUCACCAACGAGGCUAUUGGGAGAGCAGUUCAUGCAGUUUGCAUAAAGGGUUCGACCCAGUUGGGAACAUUCCAUACAAAUACGUUGAUAAACAUGUACUCGAAAUUUGGCAAUAUUGAAGGUGCACAAUAUUUGUUUGAUGAAAUGCCUGAAAGAAAUGGAUCUUCUUGGAAUACAAUGGUAUCGAUGUCUGUUCGAGCGGGUUUAUAUUCUAAUGCAAUUGGGUUGUUUCUAAAAAUGCGUGACCUAGGCAUUGAGCCAAAUGGAUUUGUCAUUGCGAGUUUGUUGACGGCGUGUAAUAGGUCAAUGGAUAUGGUCUAUGAAGGACUUCAAAUUCAUGGGUUGGUUCUCCAAAACGGUUUGUUGUACGACGUGUUUGUUGGUACUGCACUUUUGCAUUUCUAUGGUGUAUAUGGUUGUGCUUCUAGUGCUCAAACUCUCUUUGGAGAGAUGCCCCAACGAAAUGUAGUUACUUGGACUUCUUUGAUGGUUAGUUAUUCAAAUAAUGGGGAUCCCAUGGAAGUAAUAGAUAUUUAUUUACAAAUGCGGUGUGAAGGAGUCAGUAGUAACCAAAACACAUUCUCCACAGUCAUUGCUGCUUGUGGAUCCAUUGAGGAUGAAUUUUUGGGUCACCAAGUUCUAGGACAUGUUAUUAAGUCUGGACUGGAGGCUAACAUUUCUGUGGCAAACUCUAUUGUAUCAAUGUUUGGUAGUUUUAGUAGCGUGGAAGAAGCAUGCUAUGUCUUUGAUCACAUGAAUGAACAUGACACAAUAUCUUGGAAUUCGAUGAUUGCUGCAUUAACGCACAAUAUGCUUUGCGAGGAAUCACUUAGGUGUUUUUACUUGAUGCGUUGUGUUCAUUAUGAAAUAGAUUCAACUACUUUUUCAACGUUAUUAUCAGUUUGUGGUUCUGUUGACAAUCUAAAGUGGGGUAGUGGGAUUCAUGGUCUCGUGGUUAAAGUGGGACUGGAUUCAAAUGUUUGUGUCUGUAAUACUCUUCUUACUAUGUAUUCUGAGGCUGGAAGAUCUAAAGAUGCAGAAGAGUUCUUCCAGGAGAUGCCAGAGAAGGAUUUGAUCUCAUGGAAUUCCAUGAUGGCGGGCUAUGCUGAGGAAGGGAAGUGCUUAGAUGCCUUAAAAUUGUUGGCUGAGCUGCUUCAGAUGGGAAAAAUAAUAAAUUAUGUGACCUUUGCAAGUGCAUUGGCUGCAUGCUCACAUCCUGACUAUAUUGUUGAAGGCAAGAUUGUCCAUGCGCUUGUAUUCGUAGCCGGUCAACAUGGCAACUUGGUGGUUGGAAAUGCUAUUGUUACCAUGUAUGGUAAGUGCGGCAUGACAUGGGAUGCUUAUCAGGCAUUCCAAAAGAUGCCUGAACAAGACUUGGUUACUUGGAAUGCACUCAUUGGUGGUUACGCUGAGAGUGAAAAACUAGAUGAGGCCAUGAAAUAUUUUAAGUUAAUGAGAGAGAGAGGCAAAUCUGGGAACUACAUUACCUUGGUAAAUGUUCUUGGUGCUUGCUCUGCUCCACAUGACUUGUUGACCCACGGAAUGCCCCUACAUGCACAUAUAGUUCUGACCGGAAUGGAAUCAGACGAAUAUGUGAAGAAUUCCCUUAUUACAAUGUAUGCUAAGUGUGGUGAUCUUAAAUCAUGUGACUAUAUCUUCAGUGGAUUGGUUCACAAGAACUCUGUGACAUGGAAUGCAAUGAUAGCAGCAAAUGCUCAUCAUGGCCAUGGGGAAGAGGCUUUCAAACUUCUGUUGGAGAUGCAAGUAGUUGGAGUAGAUUGGGAUCAGUUCACAUUUUCUGCAGCCCUUGCUGCAUCUGGGAACUUGGCUAUUUUGGAGGAGGGCCAACAACUUCAUGGUUUGGCUAUCAAACUUGGGUUCCACUCAUAUCUUUAUGUCACAAAUGCGAUCAUGGAUAUGUAUGGGAAAUGUGGGGAAAUGAAUGAUGUACUAAAGAUUCUUCCAGAACCAAACAUUCGACCACAUUUGUCAUGGAAUAUACUGAUAUCAGCUUUUGCUAGACAUGGAUCUUUCGAGAAAGCUAGAGAAACUUUCCAUGAUAUGCUAAAACAUGGGUCGAAACCUGACCAUGUUACAUACAUCUCUCUUCUAUCAGCAUGUAGUCAUGGGGGUUUGGUAGAUGAGGGUCUUCAAUACUUCUCCUCAAUGACUUUGGAAUUUGGUGUCCCAGCUGGUAUAGAGCAUUGUGUAUGCAUAGUUGAUCUUCUUGGACGAUCAGGGAGGCUUUCUGAGGCUGAAGCUUUUAUUAAAGAGAUGCCAGUGUCACCAAAUGACUUUGUUUGGCGGAGCUUAUUAGCAGCAUGUAGUAUUCAUGGAAAUUUGGAAUUGGGGAAGAAAGCUGUUGAACAUCUUCUUCAAUCAAAUCCAUAUGAUGACUCCGCUUAUGUUCUUUAUUCAAAUGUCUGUGCAACUACUGGGAGAUGGGAGGAUGUACGGAAUGUGAGGGUGGAAAUGGAAUCAAAUAGCAUAAAGAAAAAGCCCGCUUACAGCUGGGUUAAGUGGAAAAAUGAAGUGAAUUCAUUUCGGGUUAGCGAACAAUUAACUUCAUGAUGUAAUGGUCUUUGAUGAACGUCUCCUUUACUUCGCAGAGUGGUAUGUUGCAACACCCCGGACCCGCAUUGUACAAUUUUGUCCACUUUGGAUAGGCCUACACAGGAGACAGGUACAUGGACUUGGCACCCUCACCUCAUUCAUCUUGAUUCCAAACCUCAGAAGUAUCGGCCUGUUGGAUCUUGGGUCAUCAUAAUCCACCCCUUUACCAUUACCAUUUAUAGCGCUUGGGCUGUAUUUGUAAUGACUUUAAAAUGCAUUGUCCAUUGAAGAUUCAAAACUCUUAUUAAACACGUCAUACAUAUUUCACCAAACGAUAUGCACCUUAGUCAUCACAAGAGGCAUACUUCAUUUCUACCACUCCAAUCUGUCAGGAGACAGCUUUGGCUAGGCAAUAUGUAACUGUAACUUUGUUAAAGAGUUGCAACUUGAGGGUGUUGAUGAUGAGUACUUUCUUAAUAUCAUGGGAGACACUUUUUUUUUGAUUGAUCUAACAGACAUAAAUUUCUCUGUUCGGAGGCUGGACUGGAUACCAGCUAGUUACAACCUCAAAGUGAUUAAAACAAAUUCCAGUCAUUUAUUUUUUAAUAAUUUCAAGUACUUGUAUUUUCCAAAAAACUCUGAUGUCAAAUUGUAAACAAUUAGGCCCUAUAAUUUUACACAUGACAAGCUAAUCCGAUACAAAAUUAGUAGGUUUGUGUUUAAUCUGAGCAGUUUGGGGAUAAAUGAGUAGACCCACUAUGGGCAGAUACAAACUUGACUAAAUGAAACAUAUGAUGUGAAUCUGAUUAUACAUUGUUGUAAAUGUGUUGAAAUAUAAAACCAAACCCAGCCACCAUUUCACCAUUGCUCCCCCUGUCUGUGUAUCCCUGUGCUAUUGCUUGAAAAGUCGGACAAAACAUCUGAGGAAGCCCUAAUCAGCACUUCAAAUACUCAAGGUAAAUGCUUUAGUUUCUGCAUUGAAAACAUUGGAAAUUUUUGUUAGAAUUUGUUUUGUUGCCGAGAACACCGACUGAGGAAUUAGAAAGAGAUAGGAUCUUGAACUGUAGGCCUAUGUGGCAUUAGUUUUCUACAUUCUAUUUGCAACUUACUUGGAAGUUCUUGGAUUCGAAAUCAGAUGUUUUGUUUAGUCAUUGGCCUGCAUAGAAUUAUCUGAUGUCUCUGUGUUCGUAAAGGGAAAAGAGUGAUUUUCAUCAGUGACAAUGAUUAUUUUAAACGGUUCAUUCUGCAGGAAUCUCACUUCAGUCUCAUUUACGGAAUGGGUGAUAGUCAGUUCUCUUUCACUCUUACCACUUUCAGCUGCUAAUGGUGUCGUUAUUGCAACAGAGAAGAAGCCACCAUCUAUCUUGGUUGAUGAAACAUCUGUGCAAAAGAUUCAGAUUUUGACCCCAAAUAUUGGUGUUUUAUACAG